CCCACACCUCAGAACAUUAUUCGUUUGCCUGCUACGUGGCGCUGCCCCCUCUUGGCCCUCUCAUGAACUCAGCUCUGUGCGCCACGGCGGUACGAGGGUUACGUUUUUCGCGACUGCGCAUGAGAGGCUUUCCACGGCGUCUUCUAUUGGAUGCAUUGCCUGCUCAAGCCCUGUUGUCGAUAGGUCGACGCUGUUCGGGUUGCAUAUCAUGUUCAGCUCGAAGUCUUGUACCCCAAUGAAGCUUAGUCUUCACCAGCUUUGUAAGGAUAACCUGGGAAGACGGCAGCGCAAGGCGAAUAUAGCAACGCCGGAAUUGUUCAAGAUACGCGAGCAGCCAGUCCAUUUCUCCGACUUAUAUCGGAACUCGUCCGCUAAUCAUUGGCAAUUCUCCUUUGGAGUAGUCUCUGAAUCAUGGAGGCAAUCACCCCUCUCCAUAUACCCGCGGAAAGAACUAGGGGCCGAAUCUUUAUAUUCCAUCCGCCCGAAUGUUCUCAAAGACAACUCUGGACUCAACAAGACGGAGAAAUUGCUGCUCCUCGAUGCUCUAACGCUACCUGCCGGGCUUGGCUCCAGAAAGAUUUUAAGCCACCACAGGAGUUUCAACAUUGCGCUAUCUACGACAUUCGCUGCCAGUCUAGAUGGUACAUGGAUCCAAUACGCACUAGAGAGUUUAAGAGUGGGUUUGAUAGAGAUUGUUGGGAGAUAGAGGAGCAUCUCAGCAAAACUCGACUUGAGCAACGAGCCCCAAUAGUUUUCAUUGUGCAUGACCUUGCGGGCUAUCACUUGAAAAACCUGAUUGAUAUCCUUUGGGGAACGCAAGGGGAAAUC